GUUAUGGAGUAGUGCCUCUGGCCAGGAUGGUGCAGCAGAAUCAGUACCACCCCAGCCUACCAGCAGAGGAGAGGGGCAGCCCCACUGUUCAGCCCCCGGGCAGGGGAAGGAAUUUCUCUAGAACAGGGCGUAAGCGAUUUCGACAGGAACUGAGGGCAAAGCCUGGGCGCCACCAGGCACAGAGACCUAAGACAGCCCAGCAACCCCAGGGCCCAGGUACCCCUGCGUCAGCCAGGGACAAGGCUGAGCUCACAACCAGGCACCCAUCAGUGCAGUGGGGGCUAGAGCCUGGCCGUGCAACAGCAUCGACAGUGUCAGGCCAGGAUUUGGUUGGACCAGAGCAAGGAGCUGGAAUCUCAGCACGUCCUCGGUGUGGCAGCCUUGGACCCAGCCCAGCCACAGCACAGUGUGGAGCCACCUCUGUACCAGCUGUGAAGGGACGCAGGCAGCAGGGCCCGGGCAGGGGGUGCAGGUGCAGCAAGCACCUGGGUAAGUGUGAGUACCAGAUUGCACCCCAUGAGGUGAGGUACCAGCUGCACAACGUGGACAGCCGGACACUCUUCCACUGCAACUGCACGUGCAGGCUGGCACGGUGCCUCCACAGGGCAAAGGACUGCAGCGACAUGGACUUGGCUGUCCUGGCUGACCGCAUCACCAUGGACUGCUUUGUGCUAGAGCUGCCUGCUGCCUGCAGCCCAGGCAGGGGGUCACAGCACAGCAGCUGUACCAUGAUGACCAGGGCUGUGCUUGUACCUGCACAGCAGCUCAAAAAGAUUCUAAGACGCUGGGGCCCUCUGCAUGUGAGCUCCAAGGCCAAGCAUCUACGCUGAAAGACACAUGCCAGGGGAGGUACCUUCUGUGAGCAGUGCCAGCAUCUGGUUGUAGAGCAGAGACCAGCUUGGCCCCACACAGUGCUUUGAUGACACCCAAGCAGUGCUGCCUUGGGGAGGAAGAUGUGCUGUGCAGCAGCUGGGAGCUGCCUGGGGUCUGGUCCUCAAGUCAAAGGAUGGCACUGAGCAUGGCUGUUGGCAUGACAGCAUGGAGCUGGGGACCACAGCCAGAGGGACUGAGAAGCCUCUCAAGGAGCUGUGGCUGCCAUCCAUGAGUAUCAAAAGCAAGGGGAAAGAAAUAGGAGGGCUCAGGAAAGAGGAAACUCAUUGUCCUUCCCUGGUGUGCUC